AUGGUUUUCUCUUAUGAGCAUUAUAUGAAUCUCCUUUUCCAUUUGGAUAAUAGUAAAGAGACAGUGCCUCCAGAGAUUGCGAAAAGGAUAGUUUCCAAUGCUAUAGCUCCUGUGAUAACAGUUACUUCGACUCCACUCUUCGACAAACACAUUCAAGAAACGUACAAAGUUGAUUCUCUCUAUAUGCUGCUACGAUUCUUUGGUGGUUGUGUUUCUGAUAGAGAUCAAGCAAAUGAAGUAAGAGUUGGACAGCAUGAACAUGAGGUAUGUGAUACAAGCGCCUCGACGGAUUCAGUUCCCAAAAAUAAAAAUUUGGAAGUGCCCAAUUUAGCUAAGAAAGGUAGCCGCAGCAGGUCAAAUAGUCUUUUUCAGAGGGAUUCAACACAAUCCCAAUAUAUCAGAUUUACGAGACCAUUAGGCGAUUUGAUCGAAACGAGAGACGCCAAUGAUAUGCUGUUUAAUUAUCAUUCUUUAGAGGUGUUCUUGGGUGAUUAUUUGAAGUUGGUUGCAGACAACACUGAUGAAAUGGUUCCUCAUGAUCUCCUUAAGAAGUCCAUUUACCAUAGUUUCUUUUCGCUAGCAAUUUCAUCCACAAAUAACCUAUCACCCUAUGAAACAUUCAACCAUCCGAUUCUUUCGUUGAUUGCAUUAGAUAUAUCAAACGGAGAAGUUUACGAGGAUGCGAGAGACCUUUUAGUCAACUUUAAAAAUCUCAAUCAUAAUACGGAAAACUUUCCCAUUUUCAUGAAUACAAAUGAAAUGCUUCCAGUUUUCUUACUCUGCUAUAAUGACGAAUCCCAGGAAGAAUUCGAAAAAUGCCAGGCGUUGGCUAAGAAACUAAAAAAGCAACUGUUUGUUGAGAGCAUUUUAUUGGCACUCUGGAAAGAUUCUUUUGUCAACGCCGAAAAUUCAGCCAUACAAUUGCAUCAACCGGUAAUGUCCUCACUUGAAGAAAUUCUUUUCUUCCUUCAGGCUCCAACUCAAACAACACUUUCUUUACCUUUGAUAAAUUCAAUCUAUGACAUGCUUGAUUAUUUGGUUUAUGAUUUGAUGAUACCAUUCAUGAAGAGAAAAGUAUCAUUUUGGGAAGAGACGAUUUUACAACCAAGAAAGUCGCUGUUUAAUGGUGCAAAGUUCUUCAAAAAAUUUAUGAAUAAAAAUCCUGUCAAUGGUAAUCACCAACAUAACUCUCUAACGAAAGACAGCCAAGGCAAUGAAUAUUUCGCAUCGUCAUCUUCUGAAUUUUUGAUGAGAAAGUUGGCAGAUUGGUCUAUGAUGCUAUCCGACUUCAAAACUGCUUAUUCCACGUAUGAAUCGCUUAUGGACGAUCUAGAUGCGUUCCCCAAGUACCUGGCAUCGUGCAUCGAAUGGUGCGCAGUAUCAUUACUGAUGGGUGCACAGAGUAUAGUCACCGUAAAAAUGAUCAAGAACGAUAUAAAUCCCCUUAUCGAAAGGGCUUUAGCCACAUACGAAAAUUGCUCCCAAAUACAGCGCGGUAAAGGCAAAGAAUCAAAAUCUUCGAAUGUUACAGAGCCAGUGCGUUCGUAUGAGACACGUUGUAUGAUUUUGGCGUCCGAACUAUUUUUAUCCUUAAGCGAUACGUGGACAUCUACACCCUACGCUAUUCAGUAUUUGGAAACAAUCCUAGAUGAAUGCAAGUUGGGUCCCUGUUCACAAAUAAUGGUCUGGGAGAGGCUUAGUGACUGCUAUAAUUUGAGAGUUGACCCUAGAAUCAAACAUAGAGUCGGAUCGGUGAAGAACGCAGUUAAAGACACUGAUGAACUCCGAAGUGGGUAUGAGCAUAACACAGAUCAUUUUACAGACGAGGACAUAUUAUCGGAAGGGUUAACAAGAAGACGCAAGGCGGCUUUCUUUAGGUUAAUAGCGGCCAAGAAGUGGGCAGAGCAAAAACAAUGGAGACAGGUUUCUUGGUGUUUAAAUGAUAUCGAAAGCACCUAUUCAGAGAUCGAAUUUUUGCAUGGGGACGGUCUAAUCUUAAGUAAGUUGAAGAAUCAGCUUAAUUUACGGGACGUGGAUUCUGUACCGGGGCCCAGCGAAAAAAAUCUUACAAGGACAAGCGUUAGUUUUUUUGGAUAA